UUGGCUACCUUAAGAGAGUCAUUAGUUACUCCCGCCGUUUACCCGCGGUUGGUUGAAUUUCUUCACUUUUACAUUCAGAGUACUGGGCAGAAAUCAGAGACAGUCAACACCGGCAAGGGCCACCUAUCUACAGUCGAAUUCCCGAUAUUGUUCUUUGAAGAUACGCUGGGCGAUGAAGUGGUGCCAGAAGAUGUGGCACAGUAUUUGAUCUAUUUCAAGCGAAUGAUUGAUGAUGAAAAUGUGGCUGAAAUACACAAUCUGUACGAGCACGGCUUCACCGAUCUCACCGAGCGUUAUUUCCAGCAGCGUCUUUGGCCGAGCGAAGAAGCCGUAGAAAAUGUCGUUGGCUCAGAUAAUCGAGUUUUCAUCAUUCUUUACAAGGAGCUGUACUUCCGUCACGUAUACAGUCGCAUGCAACGUGGCCCGUCAUUGACCCAUCGCUAUGAUUCAUAUCAAAAUUAUCAGGAACUUUUCUCGGAGAUUUUGACAUCAGAAGAACGGCCACUUUCACUUCAGCUACCAAAUAAUUGGCUCUGGGAUAUCAUUGAUGAAUUUGUUUAUCAGUUUCAAGCUUUCUGUCUCUACAAAGCAAAUCCGGCCAAAAGAACACCUGAGGAGUACGAAGAUCUGGUAUCAAUUGAACAAAACCAAUCGGCGUGGAAUAUCUAUCCCGUUUUGAACAUUCUAUACUCGUUGCUGGCAAAAUCGCAGAUCGAUGAGCAACUGAUAGCAAUUCGAGAAGGAAGAAAUCCAGAUGAUGUGGCAAAUGAAUUUGGGCGUUCAGCGCUCUAUUUCAAACUUGGAUACUUCUCGCUGAUCGGCUUGCUGCGUACGCACGGCCUGUACAAUACAGUUCCAUCAUGUUUGGUCACGCUGCAUUAUUUUGUUGGCUUCUCACACAUGAUGAUGCGAAACUAUGGUGAAGCAACGAAAAUUUUCGUAAAUUGCCUGCUCUAUAUACAACGAACAAAAAAUGUGCAGCAGCAGAGUCAGCAGCAGAAGAAGAAUUUCCAGUAUGAUGUGGUAAGUGGCUACAAAAAAUUCGAGCCAGAAAGGAAUUGCGGGGAUGGAGUAGGGGCAAGGGGGUGUGGAGGGCAGUUCUUGGGCUUAGACCUUUGUUUUUGUUAAGU